AUGUUGAAGGCUCUGAUGUGCUGGCCAAUCCAUCUAGAACGGGCCAAGACUGGAGAUGAGUCUCCUCCCAAGUUUCAUGGUAGAGCUGCCACACCUCGCUGGCUGGACUCUAGUCCCCCUCCACCAGCCCCAGAGGUCACCCCUCCACCAGCCCCAGAGGUCACCCCUCCACCAGCCCCAGAGGUCACCCCUCCACCAGUCCCAGAGGUCACCCCUCCACCAGCCCCAGAGGUCACCCCUCCACCAGCCCCAGAGGUCACCCCUCCACCAGCCCCAGAGGUCACCCCUCCACCAGCCCCAGAGGCCACCCUUCCACCAGCCCCAGAGGUCACCCCUCCACCAGCCCCAGAGGCCACCCUUCCACCAGCCCCAGAGGUCACCCCUCCACCAGCCCCAGAGGCCACCCUUCCACCAGCCCCAGAGGUCACCCCUCCACCAGCCCCAGAGGUCACCCCUCCACCAGCCCCAGAGGUCACCCCUCCACCAGCCCCAGAGAUCACCCCUCCACCAGUCCCAGAGGUCACCCCUCCAACAGCCCCAGAGGUCACCCCUCCACCAGCCCCAGAGAUCACCCCUCCACCAGUCCCAGAAAGGUCACCCCUCCACCAGCCCCAGUGA